AUGCAGCAGAGGCCAAUAAACAGCUUAUGUAGAGCACUUGUUCAGGAUCAGGAUUACAUAAUCGAGAUAGAAAAGCACAUUCGAGAAAUGAAAUAUGCACCAAGAAGGAUGGAAAAGAGAUCUGGCUAUUUUCGCCGUCUUCGCAUUCCCAAUAUGAUGAGUGACAAAUGGAUUCAUGCUAUUCCCAUGGUUGUGUUGCUGUGCCUCUUCACACUCUGGUGGUUCUCUUAUCCAGUGAACUUGGAGAUCAAGGAUGGCAGGAUUGUGGGUAUACAUCGUGCUGAUCAUGACACACCGCUGCCCCUCAACACUAGGCAUGUUGCACUUGCUGCAUCAGCUACAUCCCCAAUUGCCCCAGUUCCUGAGGACCUCACACUCAGUAAUGAAAUUGAAGCACUUCCAGUGAGUAAUGAAUCAUUUGUGCUUUAUGAGAAUGAUGAAGAUUUUGUAAAAACUACAUACCGUGCUGAUCAUGAGAUGCCGCUGUCUCUCAAUACUAAUCAUGUUGCCCUCACCACGACAUCAGCUACAUCCCCGAUUGCACCUGUUCCUCAGGACCUUGCACUCGGUAAUGAAACAGAAGAAAAUCCAGUGAGUAAUGAAUCACUUAAGCUUUAUGGGAACGAUGAGGCUGUUUACAAAGCUGAUCAUGGUAUGCUGCUGCUUCUCAAUACUAACCAUGUUGCACUCAGCACCUUAGCAUCAGUAACAUCCCCGGUUGCACCAGUUCCCCAGGACCUCACACUCAAAGAUCAGACCGAGGCACAUUCAAUGAGUAAUGAAUCAUUUUCGGACUAAUGAGAAUGAUGAAGCUUUUGUAAGAGGCAAACUAUCAGCCGACAUGAAUUGCAGUUGAGAUCAGAGGUGCCGUAUGGCUAUAUGGCUCUUCUGUGUUAGCACGGUACUCCCAAGUGUCACUUUCAGAAGAUAGUAGAAAACAAGUGUUUCGGUACAUUUAAACAAAAAACUGAGGUUUUUAACCAUGAGCUUGUACUGAUUUUACCUUGUAUGAAUAGAACAACAAAUGGCUCAUUGUAGGUGAUUAGUUUUGAGGAUUGCAAAAUCUGAUUUUGUGAGUU